AUGACUGAAAAUAUCUAUCUAUCUAUCUAUCUAUCUAUCUAUCUAUCUAUCUAUCUAUCUAUCUAUCUCAGUCUUUCUUUGUUAUCUAUCUAUCUAUCUAUUUUCCUUUUGCAAAAGCAGUUGAUAAUAAUUGAAAAUAUCUAUCUAUCUAUCUAUCUAUCUAUCUAUCUAUCUAUCUAUCUAUCUAAUCAUACUUAUUAUAAAACCCAGAUAAUGACUGAAAAUAUCUAUCUAUCUAUCUAUCUAUCUAUCUAUGUUAGUCUUUCAUCGCUAUAUAUCUAUCUCAGUCUUUCCUUGUUAUCUAUCGAGCUAUUUAAUAUACUUUCUUUGCUAUCUAUCUAUCUAAAUUGUUUUUUGAUAUCUAUCUAUCUAUAUCUACUUACUUUUUUAAUUAAACUUCAACAAAUACAAGAUUUGAAAAUAAUAACUGAAAAUAUCUAUCUAUCUAUCUAUCUAUCUAUCUAUCUAUCUAUCUAUCUAUCUAUCUAA